AUGCCAGGGCCGCAGCGAACCGGAGGCCGUGUAUGUGCAAACGUGUACAUCCGUACCUGUGCUAACGAAUACAUCCGUACCUGGGCCAACGUGUACAUUCGUACCUGCACGCGCGGCGCUGCACCGCAGUCGCCACAGCAUCAUCAGAUCACCUGCAGCUACAGCCUCAACAGGCCUAACUACAAGGUUAGGAUCCAGGAGCAGGACCAAAACAGCGGCGGCGGCGAUGGCGGUAACGGUGGUGUUAACGGUGGCGGCGGGCGUGGUGCCCUCCUCAUGGACAAGGCUGAGCGCGCUUCCAGCACCGCGAUUGGUACAGAGGACGACUGGCUUCUGGAAUUCUGGCCGGAGCCAGCGGCGGCAGACUUCCUGGGACCAAUCCCGGGCACGAUGCAGCCGCAGCAGCAGCACCACCAGCAACAUCUAAACGCAUCCCAGCUAUCGGAGUUGCUUCCCCAACACGGAAGCCUUCAAAUGGGCCAGUUUAAUUUAAACAAUACUACAGCGCCGAACGAAUACCUCCCUGGCCUCCAGUUCGAUGCCGCUUAUGGCGGCAAAACAAACGCGCUAGCCGGGUUAAGUGGCCUGCUACCAGAGCCUCAACGCACAUCCACAGAUGGUGCAUCCGCUCUACUGCAGUCUUCUGACUUUAUGCUGCCCAUGGGUGGUGUGGCGCACCCACUCAUGCAGCCGCAGAAUUGCUUGGCCGGCCUUCCUCAGCCCGCUUUUCCUGACUUGCCGCCCCUCGGAGGUGGACUUGGCGGCGGCAGUCCAUUCUUAAUGCCUGGGCAUUUCAUGGCCGCCUCAGGACCGCCAAAGAGCCGGCUCCGCUGGACACCGGAGCUGCACAACCGUUUCGUGGCGGCAGUUAACCAACUCGGCGGUCCUGAUAGGGCUACCCCCAAGGGUAUUCUGAAGCUCAUGUGUCUAGAGGGCCUUACGAUCUAUCACAUCAAGAGCCAUCUGCAAAAGUACCGGCUGAAUAUCCGGCUACCGGGCGAGGCGAUGCAGGGCGACAGCGCAGAUACAGAUGCGUCCGACGGCGAAGGCGGCGCUGCUGUACCGUCGGCGCCGCUGGAUCCGUCUGGGUACGGCGGUGAGACGCAGUCGGCGCUGGGUGGCGGCGGAGUCGGAGGCGCCGCCGCGGCCGCCGCGGCCGCGGCGGCGGCGGCUGCCGCAGCACCGGCGGAGCCGACGGUGUCGAUCAGCGCUCAUGGUCGAUCUUCGGCGCGGCGGGUUGGCGGCGGCGGCCCCGCCGCCGCAGGCGGUACGUCCGGCAGUAGCGGCAGCGCUCCUUCCAACACCCGACGUCACCUCGAGGAGGCGCUGCUCUUCCAGAUGGAGCUGCAGAAAAAGCUCCACGAGCAGCUAGAGUCUCAAAGACAGCUACAGCUCAGUCUUGAAGCACACGGCCGCUACAUCGCCAGCCUUAUGGAGCAAGAGGGCCUUACGGGCAAGCUUCCAGAGUUGGGCACUGCGCCGCAGCUCGGUGGCGGCAGCGCCGCCGCCGCCGCGGCGGCUGCCGUACAGCGACGAGCAUCGGGGGGCCUGGCACCGCCGUCGUCUUCAGCACAUCAGCACCAACAUCCGACCCGCUCGCAAAGCAAUGGGGCGGCAGUAUUACGUGCAGAUGGGGGGAAUCUUGUCGGUGGGGGCGCCGUCGGGCAGGCGUCGCUGAUCGGCACUGGCGUUGGCGGUGACGCCAGCGGCGGCGGCGGCGGUGGGGCCACUGGAGGCGGAGGCGCAGCAAUGUCGCUAAGGCCGACGUCUGCUAACGUCGCCGACCUCGAAUUGCAGCUACAGCCUUCUGCUUCCUCGGCAGUAGCGGUGGCGGCGACGGCAGCUGCGCUGACGGCCCACCAAUCACACGCGCUGCUGCAACCGCAUAACCACCACAACCACCUUCAACAGCAUCACAAACAACCAACACAACAACAAUCCCAGGAACAACAGCAACAGCAACAACGACAAAAGCACCACAACAACCAACAACAGCAGCAGCAACAUGCAAUGCAGCCGCAGCCCCUGUCGUCAAUGGCGGGCGGCAGUAGCGGCGGCGGCGGCGGCGAUCUAGGCGCGGGAUGUGGUCUCAGCAGCCGCAUGACCGGUGGGGGAGUUAGUAGCGCACUACAGCUCCAACAACUCGGUCAACGCAUGGAGGCGGUUUCCGGCGUCGUCCCCUCUGCGGCACCGGCGUCGAUACCGACAGCGGCUCAUGACCCGGUGCUACAGCCGCAGCGGCUCUCUUGCUUUGGCGGGCAGCAGCAACAGCAACAGCGGCUGCGUCAGGUUUCCCAAACCUCUUCCGAUCUUGACGAUUUUGCCUGUGGGGAUCUUGACGCGGAUGUAGAGCUCAUACAUGAGCAGCACCAGCAGCAGCAAGGUCAGCAGCAACAACAGCAGCACCACCACCAAGCGCGUCAGAUACCUGGGGACGCCCGUAGGCUGGGGAUUGGCUUGAGGAAUUGCUUGGCUGAAGAAGAAGAAGAAGAGGAAGGGGCACGGGAAGAAGGCGGUGGUGGUGAAGGUGGAGGAGAAGGAGCGGGAGGGGGCGGUCUUGGGGGGUUGCCUGAUUUGGACUUCCCGGACUUUCCGGAUUUGGACAGCGCCGGCCUCGAACAGCAAGGGCUCAUGGGGGUACCCGGCGAUUUGUCGUUGAACGUAUCCGAUCUGGACGCGUCCAGUGGUGGUAUUGCUGCUGCUGCUGCUACUGCGGCCGGUGGGUUGGCAGUAGCGGCAGGAGACGGCGGAUCUCUAGCAGCGGCACACCACGCACUUCUACCGCUGGAGGGGCGACAGCAGGGGCAGCAGCAGAAACAGCGUCUACUAGAUGGUGAUAGUGAAGAAGAACAAAAACAACAACAAGCGCGAGCGCAGCUGCAGCAACAGCAAUUGGUUUCGGAGGAUGAGGUGGGCGAUGAAGAGGAGGUGGAUCGAAUCAAGCGUCAGAAGCUGCGGCAUGCAGAUGACUGUUGA